GACUUACACAGUCGACCAAAAAAGACAUUUUUCUUGGGAGAUGAACUAAAGCUGAAGGACUGGCAUGACAAGGAGGCCAUCAGGAGGGACUCGCAGCGCGUAGGAAAUGGAGAACAGGGGAGGCCUUACCCCAUGACUGACGCUGAGAGAGAGGACCAGGCAUACCGAGAAAAUGGAUUUAACAUCUACGUCAGUGAUAAAAUCUCCCUGAAUCGCUCUCUCCCCGAUAUCCGGCACCCAAACUGCAACAGCAAGCUCUACCUGGAGACACUCCCCAACACCAGCAUCAUCAUCCCUUUCCACAACGAGGGCUGGUCCUCACUGCUGCGCACUGUUCACAGCGUGCUCAACCGCUCACCCCCAGAACUGGUGGCGGAGAUCGUGUUGGUUGAUGACUUCAGUGAUCGAGAGCACCUGAAGAAGCCACUGGAGGACUACAUGGCCCUUUUCCCCAGUGUGAGGAUUCUCCGUACCAAGAAACGAGAAGGCCUCAUAAGGACCCGAAUGCUGGGGGCUUCAGCCGCCAUCGGAGACGUCAUCACGUUCUUAGACUCGCACUGUGAAGCCAAUGUCAACUGGCUCCCCCCUUUGCUUGACCGAAUUGCUCGGAACCGAAAGACCAUCGUGUGCCCAAUGAUCGACGUCAUCGACCACGAUGACUUCCGGUAUGAGACACAGGCCGGGGACGCCAUGCGGGGUGCCUUCGACUGGGAGAUGUAUUACAAGCGAAUCCCCAUCCCUCCGGAGCUGCAGAAGGCUGACCCCAGUGACCCAUUCGAGUCUCCCGUGAUGGCUGGAGGGCUGUUUGCUGUGGACCGGAAGUGGUUCUGGGAGUUGGGCGGAUAUGACCCUGGCUUGGAGAUCUGGGGAGGGGAGCAGUAUGAGAUCUCCUUCAAGGUGUGGAUGUGUGGAGGCCGCAUGGAGGACAUCCCCUGCUCAAGGGUGGGUCACAUCUACAGGAAAUCUGUGCCCUACAAGGUCCCCGCUGGAGUCAGCCUGGCGCAGAACCUGAAGCGAGUGGCGGAGGUGUGGAUGGAUGAGUACGCAGAAUACAUAUACCAGCGCAGACCAGAGUACCGCCACCUCUCAGCUGGGGAUGUUGUGGCUCAGAAAAGGCUCCGAGGCUCCCUCAACUGCAAGAGCUUCAAGUGGUUUAUGACCAAGAUUGCCUGGGACCUGCCCAAGUUCUACCCACCUGUAGAGCCCCCAGCUGCAGCGUGGGGGGAGAUUCGCAAUGUGGGCACAGGACUGUGCACAGACACAAAGCAUGGCACAUCGGGCUUACCAUUGAGGCUUGAGACCUGCAUUCGGGGCCGUGGGGAGGCUGCCUGGAACAGCAUGCAGGUCUUCACCUUCACCUGGAAGGAAGACAUCCGGCCUGGAGACCCUCAGCACACCAAGAAGCUCUGCUUUGAUGCUGUCUCCCACAAUAGCCCAGUCACCCUCUACGACUGCCACAGCAUGAAGGGCAACCAGCUGUGGAAGUACCGCAAGGACAAGACCCUGUACCUCCCUGUGAGUGGCGGCUGCAUGGACUGUAGUGAAAGUGACCACAGGAUCUUCAUGAACACCUGCAACCCCUCCUCCCUCACCCAGCAGUGGCUCUUUGAACAUACCAACUCUACGGUCUUAGAAGAGUUCAACAGAAACUGAGUCCUCAGACCUCCUCAACAAGCCCCUCAGGUUGCUAUGGAGCUUGCAAGCCUUCCUCCCGUGGGAGAAGGGGACCUAUGGGCACCAAGGUGCUGGGCCAAAUGGCUCAGGACAGAGGGUUCUUGAAGCACUUGUGUGGUAGGGCCAGAGGGUGAACAGACGGUACAAAUGGCUCUACAAGAAGGCCUGUCAAAUGUCCCCUAAGUGUUAGGAAUACCUGGGUAGCCUCAGGCCAGAAAAUUAGUCCUGUAAGGUUGCCCAGUCCUCAGGCUGCUCCCAGACAUGACAGUGCCCUACAAAGAAAGGUGGUAUUGGCCUUAGGACGGCUUUUAAGCCUAUGUGCCAGCCACUGGCAAGGCAAUUUGCCUGUGCUGGGGGUGACUGCCAGUACUGCCCAGCUUCUGUGUUGGUCCAGGACAAUGAAAGCCCACUGUGACCUCAGAGUGUUCCAUAACUAGCCCUGGCCAGCAGCCAGGCAAGAUUCCCCCCUUACUCUGCAGCCAGGUGUAAAGGAUGUCUCCCCUGGCUCUCUGGGUAUUUCAGAUGCCCAUUUUAGCUUCAGGGCUGUCUGGGCACCAGGUUUUUGGGGCUAGUUCAGCUGGAUAAGUAGACCUCCAGACUGAACAGCUCCCAGUACAUGCUUCCAAAGCCCUUUCUCUAUCUCCUUAGCAGCUCCUUGCCCUCAGAGAGGAACGGGGUGCUGUGAGGUGCUCACCUCCAGAGUCCCAUGGGGGCAGCAUCCCCAGAUAAUGACCAUUGUGGUUCUAACCUCACAGAACCCUGGAGUUUCUUAAAAGUGCUGUGGUUCUGUCAAAAGCCAAGAUGAGCCAUUAGGUGUGUGAGCAUACAAUGCAAGCAGCCGAGUGUCAGGCAACCCCUGCCCCAAGCCCAUAUAUGACCCUAGGGAUGGAAGCUGCAGCCUUGUUAACAAUGAGGACCUCAUGAGCUAUUAUUCCCUGACCAGAUCAUCCCUAGCCCCAGUCAGGGUCCCAGGGGGUCUCAAACAAAAACUUACCCUCCAAGGAUUGAGUCACUUGAUUGUGUUACUUACCAGUGAAGUAACUGAUACAUGAGGACAGAGAUUCUGGUAUUGAGGUUGGCAAGCCCCCAGGUUGGCCAAGUGGCUGGUGUAGAGCCACCUCCAUGCAGCCCCUGUGCUGUCCCAGCUCACUCAUGGAUUCCUAGCUUCCUUUUCCAUAUGAACAUUCUACCUUACAAAUAGCCAGCUAGGAAGGAAUCAAAAUGGGGGGUGGAAGGGUGUCUAGAAUCCAGUGGGGAUGGGAGUUGCUGCCAAGGGGAGUCAAGUCCUCAGAGAGCAGUGUGGCCUCAUUACAAUAAAAAUCGUGCCUUUUACAAAGAGAAAAUGCAACUGAGCAGCCGAUUCCCUAAACUUGAACCACUUCCUAGUGCCUUGCUAGACAAACAAACAGGGGCGGUUGGAGGAGGGGCAUUUGUGCAGGUCCUGUGAGCUGAGUGUGUGUCCUUAUGUCUGACUGUAAAGCAAGAGGUGCUAGGCUUAAAGCAGAGCCAGAGACCCAGAGGCCCCACAACAGGGCAACUGCCUACCUGUGCAGGAACCAACCCUGAGACAGGAUGGUCUGCAAGUUCUAGGAACCUGGCAGCCCUGUGUAGGGGGAAUGCCAACCCCCAGAAGUGCUCUGCCUGUCCCUCACUAUCAGGGGUGAGAUGACCUGCUGAAUUUCCAGGUGAUGUCAAGCCAAACAGAUGGUUAAGGCAGGGGCAGCCACAGCCAUCCCCAGCCUUGCUCGCUCACUCACUUGCUCAAUCACUUCGUUCAUUCUCAUCUGGUUCAUCCCCCUUCUCUGGCAGCCACUUCCUCUGAGCUCACCUUGGCAUUUGUGACUGCUGAACUCUGUCUGAUCUUAGGGUAUAAGACUUGAGGAGAUAUGUCUCAGGAAGGCCCAGGUUGGUAUGGUGGUUGACUGCGAAUGCUUAAUUUCCACCUUGUUUUGAUGUCAGGUGUGGACAGCCUUAUCUCAAAGAGUCAGGUUUCCAUUCAGCUGAUAGUCUGCACAGGCACAAGGACCUGUGGACAUGCCACUGGCCAAGUGACAAGCCAGGCAGCUGGUCUCUUUUCCUCUAAAGCUUUAUUCAGAGGCCAAAAUCACAAAACAAGAUGCAGUUAGAAAGGCAGCCUCCCCCACAACCACUCUGCCCAGAAGAUUCCAGAAACACUUUGGAAUGCAGCGUGUCCUUGCUGUGAGGCAAGGCCUUUGUGUGGCAAGCUGUCUUACCCUCUACUGCCAACUGGAGCUUCUGGGUGUGAAAGCAGUCAAGAAUGAUAGGUCUUCUCUUGAGGCAGCAGGUGGGCAUAGUGGAUUUCCAAAGUCAGCAUCAUGGUGCCUCUUCAGUCCUUCCUGUCACACUUGUCCCUGUGUGUGGAGGAGAAGCGCAGACUCUUCCCUUUGGCAGUCCCUAGUUCUUCCAGAUUAGGCAGUUUGCAUUCAGCGCUCAGGAGGCGUUGUGUUUGUAGUUUUCUAAAGACAGAGUAAAAGGGACAAAGACUGCAGUUCUGCCAAUUCAUCAACACUUGUCCCUAAUGCUUUCUAUGAUAAAUCCAAGUCAUAUUUUGGUUCAAGGUUGAUGCUGAGCCAGGACCCUGCUAACACCAUUAGGUGAGAGUGGUCCCAGGUUUCAUGUUCCACUCUGCUCUGUGACUGGCUAGAAGGCUGAGUCCUCAGGAGCUACAGGUAGGGAAGCUGGGAAGUGAGACAGGGUUUCCAUGGGGAAAGCCCAAGACCAUUCCUCCCUCCUGCCUGGAAGAGGGAGCCUUGUGAAGGACAACUUACCAUGUUCAGUUGUGACUGCUAUUGUUCAAUAAACCUCCAGACUUUCUUGAAAGUGGUUUCUGCUA